UGGGAGGGCUGGCCGUCGAGUCUCUCACUGGCAGUGAAAGUAGAGUGGGGAGGCUGGCCGUUAAAGAAAGUGCCUGCGCCUCAGGACCCUCCUCUCUUCACUACGGCGCUUUUCGCCCGUUGUUCGCGAAACGUGAGGCCCUUCUGAAGAACUCCGCUCCGUCUUAGCUUCCUGGUGACACGUUUUAAAGGAAACCCCUGUCUGAUAUUUCCCCAGGAACACAUAUUGGAUUUUUAUUACAUUAUUUUUUUUAAUUGACCGACGCUAUAUUAACGGCUCCGGCCAUGGCUGCCAGCGCGAAGCGAAAACAGGAGGAAAAACACCUGAAGAUGCUGCGGGAAAUGACGAGUUUGGCGCCCAACCGAAAGUGCUUCGACUGCGACCAGCGCGGCCCGACCUACGCCAACAUGACCGUGGGCUCGUUCGUCUGCACGUCCUGCUCAGGCAUCCUACGAGGCCUGAAUCCCCCCCACAGAGUGAAGUCCAUCUCCAUGACGACCUUCACGCAACAGGAAAUAGAAUUUCUACAGAAACAUGGAAAUGAGGUAUGUAAACAGAUAUGGCUUGGCCUUUAUGAUGACAGAAACUUGGCCAUUCCAGACUUCAGAGAACCUCAGAAAGUCAAAGAGUUUCUUCAGGACAAAUACGAAAAGAAGCGAUGGUAUGUUCCUCCAGAGCAGGCUAAAACCGUGGCGUCGGUUCACGCGUCUGUCUCUGGUUCAUCUGCUAGCAGCAACAGCAGCACUCCAGAGGUCCGACCUCUCAAAACAUUACUGGGGGAAUCAGUGCCCACUUUACACCUCAACAAAAACACACCCAGCCAGUCUCCAGUUGUGUCACGCACUCAGCUGACCCAGCAGCAGCAGCUGCAGCUGCAGCAGCAGCAGCAGCAUCAUCAGGACAAGAGGUUUGAUCUGCUCAGCGAUCUAGGUGGCGACAUUUUCGCGCCUCCGCACUCGCAGUCCACAGGCAACGCAAACUUUGCCAACUUUGCACAUUUCAACAGUCAUUCGGCAGCGCAGAAUGCAAAUUCUAAUGCAGAUUUUGCGAAUUUUGAUGCGUUCAAUAAUUCUGCUGCUCAACCCACAGCAACAUUUCCAUCAGCUGCACAAGCCCCAUUUCAGCCCGCACAACCAGGUAGCUCAUCAGGACCAGCUAAUGCCAACUUUGCGAACUUCGACAACUUCCCCAAGUCGUGCAGUGCUGAUUUCGCCUCAUUUAGCUCCGGCCAGAGUAACUCAGUUGGAGAGAGGCAUAAAGCAGAUACAGUCAGUGUCCCUGCGGACCGAUACGCGGCCCUUGCCGACCUCGACAACAUGUUUGGUACCAAACCUGAGCAAGGCACAAGCUCAGCCCCUCCUUCAGCAGGUGUGGGUCCUCCACCUCCACAGGCGGCUCUUUUGGGCGGCGAUCGCUACGCUGCUCUAGCUGAGCUAGACACUGUCUUUAGCUCCUCAGUGCCAAACGUGAGCGGCUACAACACUGCCACCACAGCACAAGGGUCUAUGUUUGGAUCCACUACGGCUGUUCCUCCAGUUCCAGCACAACAGGGUUUACCCAGCAUGCCUCAGGGUUUUGGAGGGCCUUCGACAAAUCCAUUCGUCGCUCCCGGGGCUGCACAGGCCGCUGCCACUAACCCAUUCCAGACCAAUGGAAGAGCACCGGUACCAGGAGUGGGUGUGGCCACAGCAGCCUCUUUCGGUCCACCUUCCAUGAGCAUGCCGGCUGGGUUUGGAAACGCUGCCGCAUACAACCUUCCCACCAGCUUCAGUGGAAACUUCCAGCAAGCGUUUCCCGGACAGCAGUUUGCCCACCAGCACGCGUUUCCCCAACAACCCAAUGGAGGUUUUGCUGCAUUCGGUCAGGGUAAAGUCGCUCCGUUUGGACAGAACAUGGUGGCACCUGGAGUAACCAACAAUCCCUUCCUGGCGGGGGCACCAGCAGCACAGUUUCCUGCAGGAGGUUCCUCCACAAACCCCUUCUUAUAGCGCGCCUUCGUCCUCCGCUCCACCGGUGGGCGACCUGCGACUUGUUCGCACCUCUUGCACUGUUUUGUUUCUCAAGUAGCUUUAAAAAAAAAACAUCAAUUUCUUAAAGAAAUUUUUUUAUUGAAUUUCAAGAGCAAAGACUGAAAAAAGCAGCAAAGGAAUAUAUACAUGAUUCUCUCUAUGGCAACAUCCAUAGCCACAGAAAACAAAACAUGUUGCAGGGUUGUCUGGAAAAAAAGGAGUUGUUUUUUUUUUUUUUUUUAUACCCGUUCUCUGUGAAAUGGCCUAACCUGGAAAUCAUCUGCAAGACGUGGUGGAUUACUAAGUUAUUGCAAAUCUCCUGUUCAUGCUAAUGCUGCAAUUCUGUAUAUAAUUCUUUCAUAGAAAUUGCUAAAUUUUAGGUCUUUGUGCAUAUCAGUAUUUGUAUCUUUAACACACAUACACACGUACAACCAUGCUGCAUAUACGGCGUUGACGUCCGCCAUGCUGUGAAUAACAUUAAGCAAGAAUGUGGAAUCCCUUUUUGACAUCAUAGUGUCGCCUUUUUGUGCUUUUGGAGUUUCUGAGACUGAGGCAAAAACUUUUUUUCCGUUAUGAGGAGUUAAAACUUACAAGACUCUUUUUGAACUCCUCCUGCACUCAUGAGACUCUGACUCAAGACCACUUAUGUUACAGAAAUCUAAGUUAAUGUGUGUAUAUAUAUAUAUAAAUAAAUACAUAUACAAUAUAUAUUAAAAUGAAUUUUACCUAAAUCAA